UGUGUGGCCUUGGGCAAACGCCUCCCCCUCUGCGCAAGCAGAGCCUCUCCUGCCCACGGUCCUCCCGGGGCUCGCCAAACUCAUAGCCCAGAACUUGUUUUCCUUUCAAAUGAGAGCUCACGGGCCCCACCGGGCACACUGAACAUAGGGGAAGCCUGAAGGGAACGGGACUUAUGCGAGGGCGCCCCGCCGGAUCUGGGCCGUGGCUGCCCGGUUAGACUGAGGCAUCCUGGGCGCGGCCACCAUUUGUGGUCAAGUUCUGGGGGCUGGAGGCCCUCGGCCCACCGGGGACCCAGGCGCUGCACUCAGAGGGGCCCAGUUCCCACACCAGGGCGGAAGCGGGGAUGACUGUCGGCCAGCAGGAACCCUGAUGCUUGGAGAGGGGGUGAGCCCCUUGUCCGUGGAAGUGUCCAAGCAUAAGCUGAGCAGCUGGGCAGAGGGAAUGUGAACUGGACGAUCUUGAAACUCCCCUGUGUUUGUAAGGGUCUGAGUGGAGGAGCAGCUCUGGCCGUGGGUGAGCCAGGCCAGUGGGAUCCGGGCAGACCCUAGACCGGGGAUGGAACAUCCUGAGGUUCAUGGGGCGGAGGAAUCAGAGAAGACUGGUGCCGAAAGCCCUCACAGCUUCCAUCCUUCAAUUUAAGGGGCAGUGCCCAGCUGCCUGCUUUGGUCCACUAGGACCAUGAGCUCUCCAGUGGGUCAUAUCCCCAUAACCUUCAGAGCUGAAGAAGGGUGACUAGAAGCUCAGGCUCUGUCUCUGGGUCCCCGAUUUCUCAGGGCUCCGCGCUUAACUUUGUCUCUCCCAGAGUCCAUCUCUGGGACAUUCCCCAGUAUUUUGGGGGACCGUCUCCAAUAUUCUCUAGACACACCCAUCUUUUUCUCUGUUUAUAUAUAUAUAUAUGAAUAGACAUAUUUCCACCCUCUCUUCUUUCUGCCCCUGGGCUGCUCCGGGUCUCUCGCGAGUGUCCCCACGGCUGGUGCGCGGCUCUCCCCAGGUCUCCUGGCUAGCCCCCCUGCCUCCGGGCAGCUCUCUCCUGCCGUUCCCCCCCCCUCCCCUCGCCCAAGAUCUUUUUCACUCUCACUCGGUACAGGCCCCAGGUGGCUCUUUCUCUCCUUGGCUCCCUAAUGCUCUCCCUCCCCCACCCAUCCUUUACCUGGACUCUUUCUGAACUUCCCUCCCGCUUCCGUUCACCCUCCCCCCCCCCCCCGGCCCAGGCCCCCCCAUUGGCCAGGUCCAGGCUCCGGCAGGUUCUGUCUGUCUCCUGAGCGACGGCAUCAACAGAGGAGAGGGGGAGGCCGGGCCAUGGCGGGCCUCGCGCGGGCUUCACACAGCGGCCUCUUGGACAGCCCGGUGGAGAGAGCUGGAGGUCGGAGGCCGGCCCGCUGGGGCAGGGGACAGCUCAGCAGCCCCCUCCCCUUUCCGCGGCCUAAAGGGCAGGGUCAGAAGGACGCUGGGGAUCAAGGAAUUGGCAGAGAAGCUUCAGCUCCGGCCCCGGCGCUACCCCCUGAGCAUGGCGUACCAGAAAAGCGAGAUGCGGGAGAAGUACCCGGGCUGGCCCAACCUGAGCACCGAGACCAUUCCAGGGCCAGAGUUUUGGGAACGAGCCAGCCAGGCCCUGAGCCCCUCCAGCAAGGACCGGCCCUGUCCGAAAAGUCCUUCUUCCAGCCCUAUCUGACCACAACGGCCCGGGACUGCCGCUACUACCCGAGGAAGGAGCUGAGCUGCCCGGCCCGGAGCUUCCACAGCCAGCCUCCGUCGGGGAUGCUGCGGCCGAAGCGGCCCCUCCCCCCGGAGCCCUGCGCGGUCCAGCCCAUCCCGCGCGUCCCCCAUCGCGGGGCCUUGUCGCUGACCCGAGAGUCCUACGGGCCCUUCCAGCAGUCGCUGCCCCGGGUUGAGCUCUCCGGCCCGGUGCAUGCCCGGCGAUGCCCGUCCCUGCCCAGCCUGCAGGCCCUCUACCGGACCGAAAGCUCCCGUUACGGCAGCCUCAAGCCCGACUUUGUCUGAACCGUGUGGUUGGGGCGGGGGCGGGGCCCCUCGGGGCCCGCCCCUGGCGCUGGCCACACCCCCUCGGGUCCCGGAGCACCCCGCCCUGGCGCGAAGAAACCCACCCCCACAGUUGGGGCAGGGCUUGGGCCGGCCCACCUGCCCUGGGGGCCGCUAGGAGAGGAGCUAACACUGCUGCUGCUGCUGCUACUGCUGGAGGGAGCGGGAGCCGGCCCCCUCCGCCCCCUGUGC